UGCACAACGAGACAACAACGAGGUGACAGAGUAGCGAUGCAGUUUUUCUCGGGCAGGAGCAAGCUUCGGCAGAAGAAUGGUGACGGUAAGAACCAGGCCGACGCCUCCACGGCGAAGGCCGCCAAGCAUAAGGACGGCAGGUGCCGCGCGCUGUGCUGCGGCGCGUCCCGGCUCAGCGUGUCCUCGUCGGCGUCCUGCUCGUCCUUGGACGCGGCGCCGGAGACGCGGGGCCGCCUGUCCGACCUCGCCCACGGGAUGGUCCAGGCGAGGCUGCAGUCCAUCAUCGACGCCGCCGCCUCUGACGGCCGUGGGUCCUCGGCGCGCGGCGGGUCGACGGAGCUCGCGGACCAGCGCCAUCGCUGGCCUUGCAGCAGCUGCUCGUGCGCGAGCGUAGGCGGCGGCGGCUACGAGAAGAAGAGAACACCCAGGGCACGCGAGAAGAAGCCAUGCGUCGUGCUGGUCGCCGUGGACAGGAGGACCUACGAGCCCCGGGAGGAGUUCCGGCGAUCCAUCGCGGAGGUGAUCGCGGCGAAGCGGAUGGCCGAGCCGGCGGAGCUGCGGGCGCUGCUCAACUGCUACGUGUCCGUCAACGCGCGCGAGCACCGCGCCGCCAUCCUCGACGCCUUCCACGAGGUGUGCUCCGGCCUGUUCUCCUGCAAGGGCUGA